AUGCACUCUCGCUUCCUGGUUUCUGGUCUGCCCAGGUCUUUGCCUGCCCUGCCUCCCUCGCUUGCGCCGCCCUGCAUUCCUUGCGUCGAGGGGCGGCAGCGCGCCGCUCCUCACUCCUCCUCGUUCCCUCCCACAGAGGCUCCCCUGCAGACUCUCCACCUGGACGUGUGGGGCCCAGCCCGCGUCCGUGGACAGGGCCACGAGCGGUACUUCCUGCUGGUUGUUGACGACUACACGCGCUACACCACGGUCUUUCCCCUGCGCAGCAAGGGGGAGGUCCCUGCUGUUUUGAUCCCUUGGAUCCGCGCUGCCCGUCUCCAGCUCCGCGAGCGGUUCGGGACGGAGUUUCCCGUCCUGCGUCUGCACUCUGACAGAGGUGGUGAGUUCUCCUCAGACCUCUUGGCAGCCUUCUGUGCGGAGCACGGCAUCACCCAGUCGUUCACGCUUCCGGCCUCUCCGCAGCAGAAUGGGGUUGCUGAGCGCCGCAUUGGCUUAGUCAUGGAGGUCGCUCGUACCUCCAUGAUCCAUGCGGCUGCCCCCCAUUUUCUGUGGCCGUUUGCGGUCCGGUACGCCGCGCAUCAGCUCAACCUCUGGCCCCGUGUCUCCUUGCCGGAGACCUCGCCCACACUGCUGUGGACGGGGAAGGUUGGCGAUGCGUCGCGUUUCCGGGUCUGGGGUGCUCGUGCCUUUGUCCGCGAUACCACCGCGGACAAGCUCUCCGCCCGUGCUGUUCCCUGUGUCUUCCUUGGCUUUGUCCCUGACGCGCCUGGUUGGCAGUUUUACCAUCCCACCUCGCGCCGUGUCUUUGCGUCUCAGGACGUCACGUUCGAUGAGUCGGUUCCCUUUUACCGUCUCUUCCCCUACCGCACUGCCCCUCUCCCUCCCCCGCCGCUCUUCCUCGCUCCAGGUGCUCCCCAGGUAGACCCCCUCCCCGCUCCCGGUCCUGCUCCUUCAGGUGUGUCUCAGGUAGACCCUCCUUCCUUCCCUGUGCCGGUCGAGGUCACUGGUGACUCAGGUCCUACUGGGGGUGGUCCUGCUCGGGGUGCUACUUCUGGGGGUGCUGAGCCUUGGGGUGCGGAGCUUGAGAGUGUGGAGCCUGGAGGUGCUGAGCCUGCGUGUGAGGGGUCUGGAGGUGCUGGAGCUGGUGGUUCUGGGGCUGCUGAGGGUGCGGGCGCUGGAGGUUCUGGAGCUGCUGGAGGUCCUGGUGCUGGUGGCGCUGGAGCUGGUGGUUCUGGGGCUGCUGAGGGUGCGAGCGCUGGAGGUUCUGGAGCUGCUGGUGGUCCUGGUGCUGGUGGCGCUGGAGCUGCUGAGGGUGCUGGCGCUGAGGGUUCAGAGUCUGCUGUUGCGCGGUCUCCUUGGAGUAGCCGCCUUCGUCCACGUGUGCCUCUCACCUCGCAGCAGCUGCACGACUGGUACGGUCGCCGUCAGGGUCGCGCUGCUGGAGCCCGGGGCUCUGCUGCUGGAGGUCCUUCUACUGACGUCCCUGGAGCUAGGAGUGGUGCUGGUACUUGGUCUUCUGGAGGUGCUGGAGUCACUGGUCCCGGAGGUGCUCGUACUGGAGGUACUGGAGCUGCUGGGGCUGGGGGUGCUGCGUCUGGAGGUGCUGCUGCUGGAGACACCGAGGCUGGAGACCCUGGGACUGGUGGUGCUGGUUCUGGGGGUGCUGCUGCUGGAGACAUUGAGGCUGGAGACCCUGGGACUGGAGGUGCUGGUUCUGGGGGUGCUGCUGCUGGAGACAUUGAGGCUGGAGACCCUGGGACUGGAGGUGCUGGUUCUGGGGGUGCUGCUGCUGGAGGCACUGGGGUUGGAGACCCUGGGCCUGGAGGUGUCGGUUCUGCUGCUGGAGCUUCUGGAGCUGCUGGAGGUGCUGGAGCUGCUGGAGGUACUGGAGCUGCUGGAGCUACCGGUACUGGUGCAGCUGCGCCGCCACGACUGUUCUUCGCUCCGCCGUCUCCGUCGUCUCUGCCGCCACCUGACUCUGCUCUUCGUCAGGUUCUUACUCUCCCGUCGUCUACUGGUCUUCCGUUACAGCCUGGCUCACCGCUGCCUGCUCCUUCUCCUUACACUGAGCAGACAGGUAGUCUUGCUGAGCGUCGUGAGCCUGCGUCGCGUCCUGUCUCGCCUGUUCGUCCUAGUCGUACCGGUCGUCGUGUUCCUCGUCCGCGUCAGCCGGCUGUCCCCGGCACACGCCUUGUAGCCCUGCGUCGGUCCCCUACUCCGGAGCGUACUCCUCUUCCGUCCCCCCCUACGUCCUCUUUACCUGACAUCGCGGACCCUGAGUCUGACCGGUUUCGUGCUGAGCACCCUACUGUCACGCGUCUGCUAGCCACUGUUGUCACUGACCCGUCGUUUGAGUCUGCUGCUGCGUCUGCCCUGGUCGCUGAGCUUGUUGACUUUGCUGCUGCCUGUCGUCUAGACUACGCUGCUAGUCUUGUUGCUGAGUCUGAGUCUGUCUGUCCUCCGUCCGUCGGGGGUGAGUGUGCCCUUGGCACGGACGUCCUUGAGGACAGGCACGAGGACCUUGAGUCUCUUGCAGCCGCUGCGCCUCAUCUCGUAGCCAUGCUGCUUGCCCCUGAGGGAGACCCGGAUGCACUUGACAUCCCCACACCGCGCUCUUACGCUGAGGCGAUCGCGAGUCCCUACUCCUCUCAGUGGCAGGCAGCCAUGGACGCAGAGAUGGCAUCCUGGAAGUCCACAGGCACUUACGUCGAUGAGGUUCCCCCUCCCGGGGCGAACAUCGUCGAUGGCAUGUGGAUUUUCAGGGUGAAGCGGCCGCCAGGUUCUCCGCCUGUCUUCAAGGCGCGUUACGUUGCUCGAGGCUUCAGUCAGCGAGAAGGAGUUGACUUCUUCCAGACCUUCUCCCCUACCCCGAAGAUGACUACUCUUCGGGUGCUGCUGCACGUUGCCGCUCAGCGUGACUACGAGCUUCACUCCCUUGACUUCAGCACAGCUUUCCUACAGGGCAGCCUGCACGAGGAGAUCUGGCUGCGCCGCCCACCUGGCUUCACUGGGACGUUCCCUCCUGGUACCCAGUGGAGCCUCCGCCGGCCAGUCUACGGUCUCCGCCAGGCACCCCGUGAGUGGCACGACACACUGAGGACUACUCUUGCGGCUCUUGGGUUUGCACCUUCGACUGCUGACCCUUCACUGUUUCUACGCACCGACACUUCGUUGCCGCCGUUCUAUAUCCUCGUGUACGUCGACGACUUGGUCUUUGCUACUGCUGACACUGAGGCCCUCGCCCUGGUGAAGUCAGAGCUGCAGAAGAGACACACGUGCACAGACCUGGGUGAGCUGCGCAGCUACCUUGGCUUGCAGAUCACCCGGGACCGAGCACGCCGCACCAUCACACUGACUCAGUCACACAUGGUGCAGCAGGUCCUUCAGCGCUUCGGCUUCACCUGGUCCUCAGCACAGGCCACUCCUCUGGCUAUAGGUCACUCGCUCUCAGCUCUGCCUUCGGAUGAGUCCGUAGAGCCGAGUGGUCCUUACCCAGAGCUAGUGGGCUGCCUCAUGUACCUGAUGACUUGCACUCGUCCUGACCUUGCGUACCCUCUUGGCCUUCUGGCUCGCUACGUGGCUCCUGGCCGGCACCGAAAGGUGCACUGGGAUGCUGCAAAGAGGGUACUGCGCUACUUGUGCAGUACAUCGGGCAUGGGGCUCGUGCUUGGAGGACGGCGAGAGGUGGUCCUCACUGGGCACUCAGACGCUUCUUGGGUUGACGACCUGGCUACGCAGCGGUCGUCACAGGGUUACACUUUCAGCCUUGGCUCUGGUUCUGUUUCUUGGCGUUCUACUCGCUCGUCUUCUGUUCUCAGCUCCAGUUGUGAGGCUGAGAUCUACGCCACCGCCAUGGCUGCUCAGGAGUUACGCUGGCUCACCUACCUGCUGACCGACCUGGGAGAGCGGCCUCGUUCUCCUCCAGUGCUGUACGUCGACAACAAGGCUGCCAUUGCCUUGUGUGAGGAGCACAGACUGGAGCACAGAACGAAGCACAUCGCUCUGCGGUACUUUCUGGCUCGAGAGCUGCAGCAGCGUGGUCAGCUUCGUCUUGCACACGUGGCCACUAGGGCCAACACUGCUGAUAUAUUCACCAAGGCACUUCCGUCUGGUGAUCAUCAGCGCUUUUGUACUUUGUUAGGCCUUGUGCCUACGUUUCCACACUUGCUGUAG